UUGGAAAGUCAAGUAUCGUGUGGAGGUUUGUGGAGGAUAGUUUUGAUCCCAACAUUAAUCCCACAAUUGGAGCAUCAUUUAUGACGAAGACUGUGCAGUACCAAAAUGAGCUUCACAAAUUCCUCAUCUGGGACACAGCAGGACAAGAAAGGUUUCGUGCCCUGGCUCCCAUGUACUACAGAGGCUCUGCUGCGGCUAUCAUUGUGUAUGACAUCACUAAAGAGGAAUCAUUCCAGACGUUGAAGAACUGGGUGAAGGAGCUUCGCCAGCACGGACCACCCAACAUAGUGGUGGCUAUCACUGGCAACAAAUGCGAUCUCACCGAUGCCAGAGAGGUGUCAGAGAAGGACGCCAAGGACUACGCUGACUCCAUUCAUGCCAUAUUUGUAGAAACCAGUGCCAAAAAUGCCAUUAACAUCAAUGAGAUCUUCAUUCAGAUAAGUCAAAGGAUCCCAGUUAUAGACGCGGAUGGCGGGUCUGCAGUCAAGGGCUUCAAACUUCGUCGCCAACCAUCAGAGUCGACCAGGGAACGCACUUGCUGUUGACGCAGCCGUAAACAAUUUGGCCAGAUCCUCUCCAGCCUCUUGUUUUAUUUUCGAUUAGUAACCAAGGAUAAUAGCAGAUGAAGAAUGUGAUGUCAUAGGGGAAGUUCCGUAACUUCCUUUUGGAGCCAAAAAAUAAGUUCAGUUAAGAAUGGAAUGAGAUAUAUAGUCUGAAUCCUGAUGCACUUCCUUGAGAAAAGAUGAAAAUGCCCUCAUAUAAUCGUUGUACCUUAUCUUGCCUGUUCUUCAGCCCUUGUCUUUGGGGAUCCAUUUCUGUUCUAGAUCACAAACACCUGCUUAACAGAUCAGAUACUGUCCUGUCUUGCUCUCUUUCUCUCUCGUUCAUUCUCAUCUCUGUGCAACAACCUCUGCAAAACUCUAUGAAGUUUCCGAGUGAAGCUGUUGUCUCUCCGUCUGUACAUUUUAAGAUUUUCAGCACUCCUCAUGCAAGCAACACAGCGUUCUUGUCCCACUAUUUUUGCACAUUUUUGUUGUAUAUGAUUUAAAAAAAUGUGAAUGGGUGAAUCUAAUGAAAGCUGUCAUAUUUAGGUCUCAUGUCAGUCAAAUCAAGUGGAAAAAUAGGAAAUUAUAUUUUGCAUAAAGUGAAGGUAAAGUCCAUUCUUAGGACUAUUAAGAUGUUUUUCAUUGUGUAACAGUAUACAAUUAAUUUCAACUGUAAAACAGUAACUAAUAUAGCUGUAUUACAUUAAUGAUAAAUACAGAAAUACAGUAUGAAAGUGUUCUUAAUUGUCCUAAAAGAAAUGUAACAAAAUGCUCUUAAAAAUAGUCCUCAUUAUCUCUCAUUUUUUAUUGUGAUUAUGAGGGUAAAAUGACACGGACAUGUUUUCAUGAGGUUUACUCAAACACAAAUUUACUAUUAUAAGUAUCAAUAAAUGUUUGUAUUUCUGUUACGCAGGACCAGACAUGAGGUUGUGAGCACUUCUGUCUUUCCUAUAUUUUGUAUAUAAAAAAAAAAAAAACUAAAAUCAGUGGUAGUACUAAAAAUAUAAAUGAAGAUAACUCUGGGAUUUAGCAAGAGAUGUCUGAGCCUUGGCCAGAAGCCCUAUUUCGAGAUGAAUUUAUGAAGUUAUAUAUAUAUAGAAUGUGCCAAAUCUUUUUUGUGACAGUAGGAGUUGGAUCUUGUAGUAGCAGAUCAGUAGGUCAGUGAUGCUGAUGGCAGCAUGCGUGAGUUCAGCAAAACCUUCUGCUUAUUUAAUCAGUUCGCAAGUCGAGAUAACAGUACUAACACAUUCUUUGCUCCAAUUAACCACAUUCUGGGUUGCCAGAUUCUUAGCUACAGAUCCAGCCUGUUCUUGGAUUAGCAAACAGUUAGAAUGGACUCUUAUGUUUGCCGAUAAAUGUCCGUUGUUACCACUUGCAGUGCAUUAUCGUGGCAUUAGAGAAGUUCAAACCUCAUGCUUUGAAAUAAAGUUGGCCAUUCUUCUAGAAUGCCGACAAGAAUAGCAGAUUCAAAGUGUUAGAUUUGAUAACUUUUCCAACUGUUCACAUGUUUUUCAUAUCAGAAAUUUCAUGUUAGUGGGAAGGAGCCAUUGCUGGAAUUCUGUACACGAAGUGGUGCGAUUUAGGCUUUUGUCCAAGACUUUGUGAAGUGUGCGUUAUGUCCAAAUACUUUCUAAAAUUGCAUUUUAACCAUUUGUGCUAGUUGGCAGUUGUUUGCUUCAGAUCCCUUGCUGUUCCAUUUUAUGACAUUUUUUUACUGGAUUGAGUGAUUUUGGGAGGACUUGCCAAAUGCCCUAAUUGUCUCAUAAACAUUUUUCAUCUUUCUCAUUCUUUCACUGACUGAAUAACUUUUGGCCUGCACAUCCAACAUGCUUUUACUAUCUGGACAGGGAUAAAAAAGGAGCAUAUAUGGAAACUAGUCUUGGUUUAGAAAGAACAAGACGUUUAGAAGAAAAAAAACAGCUAAAGAAAGUAGUUACGCUAUACCAAAUAUUCUGCUUUGAUUUUUUUCCUGUCACCCAAUUUUUGAGCCUAAAUGUUUUCUUAAGAGCUCUACUGUCAAAUUUGUUGAAGAGCUUAAUUUGGGAGAAAAAGUCUUUAAGAAUUGCACCUGAGAAACUUGCAUUUAAAAGAUUUGGAUUAAUGUACACACUAUUCAUUCAAGACCAUUAAGAUAAUGUGGUUGAGUGGCUCUUUUUCUAUACAUCAUGUAGAAUUUACAUUUAGGUUUAUUCAACCAAAAUUGAACAUUAUCUUUUACAGUUUUGUCAUAUAUGUGAAUAUAGAAUAAAUACAUUACAAUUUCUUAACUGCAUAUACCCACAAUAGCAAAAUGUGCUUAAAAUGUGUUUCAUCUACAUGCACAUCAGUAUAACACAUGACACCAUCUCUGUUGUUUUUAGAAAUUAGUAUGUGGCUUCUGUAAUUUGUCUUAUGAUGGUACUUUAAAAAUGUGUAACAUAUAUUAUCGCAUAUGCUUUUGACACAUAAUAUUGGCAUAUAGGAGUGUUUAGUGAAUCGGAAUUAAUAUUAUGGGCAUCGUCAAAGUCUUGCGUUUCUUUUAACGUCAUUUAUCCUGUGAUUUUAUAUGCAGUGAUGCCAAUGCACCGUAAUGUUUUCAGGAAUUCACAAGUGCAAUAAUAAUACUUUUCCCCUCCAAAAUGUGUGCUGUCAGUAAUAAUAGCUGAGAGAUUUAUAGACUUAUUACAGUAAUUGUAGUUAAUCCAUGAAUUUUAACAACAAUAUUUUCCUUUAGAAGACAGUGAUUGUUAAAAGAAAAAAAGGGAUUACUUGGAACAAUUCUUAGGGGAUGAAAUUGCACUUUUUCAGAAUUGCUGUGUGUCUUUCUUGCCCUAGUUGAAACAACUUGGAAAAAUUACAGUCCUAAGCUGUUUCUAUUGAUGUUUACACAGAGAACAACGUUCAAAUUGAUUCUUCCAGUGUCUGUAAUAUACCUUACUGCAAAGUAAAAGUAUCUUGCACUCAAA